AUUCAAUAUCCGCUUUUGAUUUUAGUAGUUAGUGUUUCCGGUUGCCGUGAUCGGACCUAUCCUCCUUUUAGCUAAAAAUGGCUCCCAAACCGAAACCUACGGAAAAAGCAGGCGCAAAGUCUGGGGACAAAAAGUCCGCAGAGAAAAAGACAGAAAAGAAGCCAGCAACCGCAGCUUCUUCGACAUCGAAAGUAACGAAACCGGCAGCAAAACCUGCAGUUGCCAAAAAGCCUGCAGCCGCUAAACAAGCUCCGGCGAAGAAGCAAGCACCAGCAAAACCUGCGGCAGCGGCGAAAAAACCAGCAGCGGCUAAACCCGCGAAGAAAAUUCCCAAGGGAGGAAAAGCUCCAACAACUGUACAAAAGGCUUUGAAAGCACAAAAGAAGAUCCUAAAAGGAGUUCAUGGAUCACGUGUACGAAAGAUUAGGACGUCAGUCCACUUUCAUCGGCCAAAAACAUUCAGACCGCCGAGAGAUCCAAAAUAUCCCCGCAAAAGUGUCCCUAACAGGAAUCGCAUGGACGCUUUUAACAUUAUUAAAUAUCCGUUGACAACGGAGGCGGCUAUGAAGAAAAUUGAGGAUAAUAACACUCUUGUAUUUAUUGUGCACACGCGUGCAAAUAAAUAUCAUAUUAAGAGUUCAGUGAAGAAACUUUACGACAUUGAUGUUAGUAAAGUGAAUACAUUGAUCAGGCCUGAUGGCAAAAAGAAAGCCUAUGUUCGUUUGGCAAGGGACUAUGAUGCUCUUGAUGUAGCGAAUAAAAUUGGUAUCAUAUAAAUAAUUUGUAAAAUGAUAAAACUGAAAAAAAUUUAUUAAAAAAAAAAUACCUCCGGGAAUAAACAUCUUCACGGGUAUAUAAUAA